GACAUGAAUUAGUCCCCUAGAACCUUAUGAUGGUUAAAAUUGGUAUCGAGAGUUCCCAGGGGCUGAGGGACCCACACAAUAGAUCUUGGACUUAUGUAAUACAUGACUACCACCACAACAAACGAAGCCAGCCGUCCAGCACUUCGGGACUCUUCGCCCCCAAGGCUGCCCACCCCAUGUGAAGAUCCUACCAACUUGAAUUCUGCCAACAUCAAGGGGACGGACGAAGGGUUUGACGAGGGUACAGCCAGCGAGAAAGAGGGCGAGGACAGCGAGGAUGAGUGGUCCGAGACCCUCACUUUCGAGUACAUGGUGGCGCACGAACCUUUUACCGCCCUCCCUGUCAAAUACCUGCUUUUCACCGGGUGGGCCCUUGCUCCUCCACAGUUUGCCCUUGGCAUCGGCGUCGAUGACAUGCAUGAAGGCUACGACUUGGCUCACCGUCUCGCGCCAAAUGAACCUGUCAAGGACUCUAGCAUGCUCCUCGCCGUACUCAUCCAUCGGCUCAGGGACCGUACGAACCUGAUGGUUCGAGCGACGCCAGUUCGUUCAAAGGAGGUUGGAUUCGUCUUCUAUAUCACGACGUCCUGGGAUGACGACUUCACCGAGACACCAGCCCAGCGCGAUACCAUGAACGCAAUGCUCCGCGAGAUCAACUGGAGGGAAGACAUUAAAUGGUACAUCGUGGGGACCUGUGCGGAUAAGUGGCGCGAAGACUACAAUAGACCCGUAUUGGAUCGCGAUGCAUAGUUUCUUUACCAAGUGUUUUCGCCGUCUGAAAUGCCGGAUUCUCCGUGGCAUUUUUUACAAUGCCGCUACUUUACCCACUACCGCCAUCAAUUUCUUAUUUUUCUUUCGCCUUCCACUAGCUCAUAUGCUCGCAAUAUGUAGUUGAUCAUUGGAAGGUUGCAUAUUGGGCUGGCGCAACA